GAGAAAGAGAGAGAGACAGAGAGAGAAUGAGAGAGAGAAAAUGAGAGAGUGAGUACAUCAUACAAAUGGUACUGUAUGUCCCCUUUAAAGUACUCCCCCUGUGUGUAAGUGUAAGAGCGUACAAAUUGUAAAGUUCUCUUAAGAGUGUGUGUGUGUGUGUGUGUGUGUAUGUGAGAGAGAGCAAAAUACACGGAAGUUGUUUUUUCAGUUCAACUGCUCCGGUGUUUUUUUUCAUACCGGGUAUGUAUCACAGAUAAGAAAGUAUUUCCUUCCCCCGUGGCUGACUUAGUAUCAGCCUUUGUAUUGUGCAAACAUGUCAUGUUUCCUGACAUUCCACAAAAACUCAGGGCUAUGGACACAUACAUACAUACAUACACUAUAAAUAAAGAAAAUAAUAAUAAAAAAAUAUGAAGAAAUUACUAUUUUGAAGUCUUCCCAGGCUCCACAUACACUCUAGGCUGCUCUAAUUAUCUGUCAGGGUCCAAGUUUGGUUUGAAGAAGAAAUAGAUAAAAAGAACAAGAUGAGAGAGACAGAGUUGGAGGAAGUGCAAGAGUGGAAAACAGUUCCAACAAUUCCAUUCCUGGGCCUGCAGGACAUCCCUUCUUCUAGUUAAUCUACUGGAUACACAGCCAAUGAGAUCAUUUGAUGAGCUAGCAUUUGUCUGUUUGGGUCUGUUUUUGUUCCUUGUCUUUUGAACUUUAAAAUCAGUCUGGUAGUUUCAUAAGUUCUUCAAUCAUAUUCUGAAAGUAUUUGACAUGGAAAUGAGUAUUGGAGGAUUAAGGCAUUUUACAUUUAUGGGGUUUGAGUAGAUGUACAAAGAAUAUUGUUCAGACAGAAUUCACACCAUCUAAACACACCACAAAUAAGAUAUUUCAUAAGUUUUUUAAUAACUAAAAUAUGUUGAUGUGUUGAAGGCACAGGCAAGAUCAGUUAUCAGAGGUAUUAAGUUAUCAAUUUAGUGGUCGGGGACUAUGAACCAAUGAAUUAACUUGAUGAUCCCGAAUAAAGAAAAAAGAGAGUUGAUUCACAGAUUAAACUGAGGCAGGCUAGUCCAUCAUUAAGUCUCUCUUAUUUGCAGGUGUGCCCGUUCAUAUGCUACUAAACGUCAUUAACCACCUUAGUUCAGACUACUGAAGUUUGGAAACUAUCAUGGUUCAAACUGACAAGUACUUUUAUCAGGUCACUCCUCUGGGUCGCCUAACUCACAUGAUGUGGGGGAAACUGUGGAAUUGGGUUCAGGGAACCACCCAGAACCAAAGUCCAGACACGGGUCAGGCGUUUAGCUUUGGCAACGGAAAUGACCAGCAGCAGCAGCAUGUAGUAAAUGCUACAAUCACAGCCCAGACUGGAGCUCAGGUCAUCGCUCCUACAAUAACACACUGUAACAUCCAAAGUCUGUCUUUUACGGAGGAGUCCAAAGGUCCAGAUCCCAUAGCUAUUGAGAAAGUCUUAAAAGACCACAAGAUACACAUGAAGAAGCGGUAUGGCUCUGUGUUUGAGGGCCUUGUGCACAGAAAAGAACACAAAAAGCCUCUCAACAGGAUCUUCACCCAGCUGUACAUCACAAAGGGAGAGAGUGAAGAGGUGAACAGCGACCAUGAAAUUUGGCAGAUUGAGACAGCAAACAGGAAACAACAAAGGCAACACACAGCAGUUAGCAUCAAUAACAUAUUUAAAGACGAACACAUCAGAACAGUGAUGACCAAAGGUGUUGCGGGUGUUGGAAAGACGGUGUCCGUGCAGAAGUUUAUACUGGAUUGGGCGGAGGGACGAGCCAAUGAUGACGUGACCUUUGUCUUAUGUCUCUGUUUCAGAGAACUGAACUUGCUCAAAGAUGACAAGAAAAGUCUUCAGGAACUAGUGCUUAAUUUCUAUCAGGAGCUCAAACCACUGAGAGACACAAACACCUUCGAGGAAUGUAAGGUUGUGUUCAUUCUCGAUGGUCUCGAUGAGAGCAGAUUACAAUUUGAUUUUCAGAAAAACAAAUCUGUGUUUGACAUACAAGAGAAAACAUCACUGGAUGCACUGAUAACUAACCUCCUUAAGGGACACCUUCUUCCAUCAGCUUUAGUGUGGAUAACUUCACGGCCAGCAGCUGCUGAUCUGAUCCCCUCCAAUCACAUCGACCAGUUUACUGAAGUCCGCGGAUUCAACGAUGCACAAAAGAUGGAGUACUUCAAGAAGAGACUUGUCAAUAGUCCCAAGGCAGACAAAAUCAUCAAACAUGUCAAGACAACAAAGAGUCUUUACAUCAUGUGCCAUUUACCAGUCUUCUGUUGCAUCACUGCCACUGUUAUGCAGAGCAUGUUGGAUCAGGGUGACACUGAGGAGAUUCCCAAAACCCUAACAGAAAUGUAUGUCCACUUCCUUUUCACGCAGCUCAAGAUGACAAACCACAAGUUCGUCGGGAAUAAGGUGUCAGACCGGAAAGCUUUUCUCACUGAACACAAGGACGGCAUCCUAAAGCUAGCAGAACUGGCCUUCCGCAAGCUGGAGGAGAAAGAGGGUUCGAUCCUGUUUUACGAAGAUGACCUGAAAGAGUGCGGUAUCAAUCUGGAAGAUGCGUCUGUCCUGUGUGGUUUGUGCACAGAAAUAUUCAAGGUGGAACCUGUGAUGUUUCAGAAGAGGUUCUACAGCUUUGUGCACCUAAGUAUACAGGAAUUCCUUGCUGCACUCCACGUGUUCGCCUCCUUUAGGAACAAGGACAUGGAAGCACUGAAACCCUUUCUUGAGAAGAAACCAAAGAAAGUGUUCUUGUACCUACUCCUGAAGAGUGCCAUAACCAAAGCCAUUCAGAGCAACAACGGACACCUGGAUCUCUUUGUCCGCUUCCUGGUGGGAAUCUCUCUGGAUUCCAACCACACCUUCCUGGAAGGGCUGCUGCCAGAUCCCGUGGACGAGGACAAAAAAGACAAUCAAAAGAGCAUGGAAUUGGUGAUCAGCCAUAUCAAGUCUUUGGUGCAAGAGAAACUCUCCCCCGAAAGAUUCAUAAACCUCAUGAACUGCCUGACAGAGAUGAAGGACGACUCAGUCCACAAGGAACUUGAGCGCUACUUGCAGUAUGAGAAGUCCCCCGGAACAGAGCUCACAUCCGCCCACUGCUCUGCACUGGCCAACAUGAUCCUGCUCUCAGAAGAGCCGCUGGAGGUGUUUGACCUUGAACGUUACAAUUUGGGAGACGAGGGGAGAGAGAGGCUGCUGCCGGCUGUUAGGUGGUGCACAAAAGCCAGGCUUACGGAAUGCAAGCUCUCGGCUAACUGUGGGGAGAUUGUGGCCUCAGCCCUAAAAUCUGAGCACUCACCUCUAAGGGUGCUGGACCUCAAAAGGAGCUACCUCACAGAGACUGGGCUGAAGAUGGUCUGCUCAGGACUCAUAACACAUCAUUGCAAACUGCAGUCUCUGAGUCUGGCGGGUUGCAGGCGGAACUUGGACUCCACAUGUGAGGUGCUGGGAAGGGCUCUCCUGUCCGUCUGCAGCUCCCACCUCACAGAGCUGGACUUGAGCUGCAACACGCUAAGCAGCCCAGACAUGAGGGCACUCACCUCUGGACUUAAGAAUCCUGCCUGUAACGUUGAGAAAUUAAGGUUGCGGAGUUGCUCACUUAGUGACUCUGCUUGUGAGAUGCUGGCAAGUGUUCUUCGAUCAGAACCAUGCAGCCUGAUAGAACUGGAUCUAAGGGACAACGUGCUGAAUGACACAAGCAUAAAACUGCUGUCUGAGGCCAUAAAGUCCCCACAUUGUAAUCUGGAGAAACUGAGACUGUCAGCCUCCAAGCUCACCAAGGCAUCCUGGAGGUUUUUGACGUCGGUAUUCCAUGGGGAACUGGACCUGACUGAGAGCAGGCUCCUGAUGACCGAGCUGGAGCAGCUGUGGGCAGCCCUGAGGAGCCCAGACUGCAGAGUGAACACACUCAGGUUGAAGCGCUGCUAUCUGACAGGUGACCACUCUUUGGCCAAGUUUGGCCAAAUUUUGGCCUCAGUCCUCAGUUCAGAUGGGUCCCACCUGAAGGAGCUGGACCUGAGUGACAACGACCUGCAGGACUCAGGAGUGGAGCUGCUCUCCUCUGGACUGCAGAGCUCACAGUGCACACUGGAGAUCCUGAGGUUGUCGUUCUGUGGUGUGACUGAGAAAGGCUGUGAGUUUCUGGCUUCUGCCCUGAGUGCAAACCCCUCCUAUCUGAGAGAGCUGGACCUGAGCUACAAUCACCCAGGAGAGGUUGGAGUCAAGCUGCUCUCUGAGAGAAAGGACGACUGCAAACUGGAAAUCCUCAAUGUGGAGAACAAUGCAGAGUGCUGGAGGAAGUCAGGACUCCGGAAAUACACCAGAGAGCUCACGUGGAACACCAACACCAUGAACAAGCAGCUCUUACUGUCUGAUGGGAACCGGAAGGUUACAUGCAAGUUCCAGGAACAAGACUACCCGCCCCACCUGGAAAGGUUUGACACGGUCGAGCAGGUUCUGGCCAGCGAGGGGUUCUCAGAACGCUGCUACUGGGAGGCCGAGUGGGAUGGGUUCCGUGUCUACCUGGGCAUGGCGUAUAAAGACGUGGAGAGGAAAGGGGGUGGGGGCCGCCUCGGCCACAACGACAAGUCCUGGUCUCUGCGCUGCUACUAUGACGAAACUGUCAAAGGCUUUCCUGUGAAUUCUUACGCCGCUUGUCAUGAUAAUUACAUAACCCUGAUCGAAUCGCCCGGGUGCGACUCCAGGCGUAUUGGAGUGUACUUGGACCAUGCGGCCGGCACAAUGACCUUCUACAGCAUCUCUUCCGACAGCUUUACCCACCUGCACACGUUUUAUCACAGAUUCACUGAGCCUCUCUAUCCAGGAAUCCGGUUUGUUUCUGAUUUUCACACAGAAGACAGUGUGUUCCUGUGCAAGAUUGAAUAGGCCUGAAAAUAAAAUAACAAAGGAAGGCUUACUUGAAAAUCUAAAUCUGACUAGGUGUACAGUUAAAAAAAAAAAAAAACAACAUUAAUUGUAGCUUACUUAUUGAUUAAACCAAGCUUCAUAUGUGCCCAAAUCAAAGUGAAGUCUACUAAAUUGCUAAAUGUGUUGGCCAAAUGUUUGUAUGUUUGCUGUCUUCAAAAAUAAAUGAGUCAUACAGUAUACCUCACAAUGUUGACUUUCUAUUUGAGGCUUAAUUCAAUAAGCUGUUUAUGUAUUUAUUAUGUUUAGAAUCUGUGUGUCAGACCAGACAGACACUUUAGGUGUGGGGGGUG